CAAUGGAGCGUGCCAAUGCUCAGUGUACCUGCCAGACACCAUGUUCCCUGUGCAGAAGGUCGAGAUGCUGGAAAUCAAAGCCCAAGUGCUUUCUGAGAAAUUUGAAAGAGAACUCACUAAAGUUAGCCAAUAUACUAAAGCAAUUGAAAUGUAUGAACAGAAAAUCCAAAACCUAACGAUCAAGGUGGAAUAUAUGGAGUCAACCAGUGUUUCUUACACAGAGUUGGACUUUCAGUUACUGAAACUGGAAAUCAACGAAAUGGAGAGACUGGUCACUCAGCUGAAAUCCACACUUGUUGGAAGCAAUGUGAUUGUUGAACAACUAUAUGUGGAGAUCAAGAAUCUGACUCUCAUGGUAAAUGAUCUGGAAUCAUUGGACAAAAACAAUAUCCUUUCAAUCCGUCGAGAAAUUGUGACUCUCCAGAAUAGCUUGACGGAAUGUGAAAAACACAGAAAUAAAACCACAACACCCUCCUAUUUCCCACCAGGCAGCUGUGGUCAUGGUGGAAUUGUGAAUAUCAGCCAGCCCUAUGUUGUACAGCUGAACUGGAGAGGAUUUUCCUUCAAAUAUGGUUCCUGGGGUAGGGAUUACUCUCUUCAAACUCCGCAGAAGGACUUAUACUGGAUUGCACCUUUAAACCCAGAUGGGAGACUCGUAGAAUAUUACAGACUUCAUAAUUCCUAUGAUGAUUUGCUGCUAUUUAAAAAUGCUAGAGAGUUAAAAAUUCAAUAUGGGGAAGGCAGUGGCACCACAGUUUACAAUAACUUCAUGUAUUACAAUAUAUAUAAUUCAAGAGAUAUGGGCAAGCUCGAUUUAAACACAAACACAUUGGCUGUGAGGAAAACUCUGCCGAAUGCUGCUUAUGGUAACCGUUUCUCUUAUGCUGGUGUUGGGUGGCAAGAUAUGGACUUUGCUGUGGAUGAAAGUGGAUUGUGGGUAAUUUAUUCAACUGAGGACAGCACAGGUAACAUUAUGAUUAGCAAACUCAAUGAGACCACACUUGAUGUGCUCCAUACUUGGAAUACAAGGCAGUACAAGCCAUCCAUUUCCAACGCUUUCAUCAUAUGUGGUGUUCUAUAUGCCUCAAGACCUGUCAGCACUAGGAAAGAGGAAAUAUUUUACACAUACAACACAAACACUGAACAGGAAGGUAAAAUUAGCAUAAUUAUGGAUAAAAUGUUAGAAACAAUUCAAAGUAUCAACUAUAACCCCUGAGACCGAGUCCUGUAUGUUUACAAUGAUGGCUACCUUGUUAAACACAAUCUUAUUUUUCAACCUGUGUUGCAUUGAUAUGAAUAUAAACAACAACUAGAGAUCACAGAAAGUCUGAUUUUAUAUCCCUUUGGACAGUGUUAAUGUUAAAUUAAGGCCUAAUCCUACGAAGAGUAACUCCUGGGCAUAAGGUUUAUUACCAUGAGCGUCCCACUGAAGGAUAAUAAGCUCUAUUCCUGGUACAAGAUUAGGUUCAUAGCUUUUUAACUGGUGUCCAGAUACAGUGGCAGCAGGAGCACUAGAAAUGCCUCUGCUAUAAACAUAGAUUAAAUAGAUGAUUUAGUGAUGGACAGAACAUGUAUCAUGAUAGGGAGAUUGCUCACACACUGAUGUGCAUUUGGAGGAAUGUCUGUAUUUGGAUAACACGUGGAAACUGAACUGCUGUUUUGUCAUCAUUGCUCAAAGUAUGCAAGGCCAUGAAUAACACAUUAAGCACUACCCUCAAACAAUUACUGAAAGAUUAAAAUUAGAGGAGAAUUGGCACUUGAUCUUUAAAGAGCAGCCAUUGGUUAAGCUGAAGCUGUGGAAAUGGUUGCCUUGGCUCCUUCUUGCAACCCAUCAAUGUAUUUUAGAUGGCAGGGCUCCAAUGCAUUACUUUCCUAAUGCUGCACUUCAUGAAAAAACCUUAGUAACCAUUUUUGGACAGUUGCAUUUUCUUAGCACUGUGUUCUGGGGGCCUGACCAAUGAAAGCCCCUUGGUAUAUGGCACAUGCUGCAGUAGAACAUAAGCUGUGCCAUCCUACAUGUUCCAUUUAGUCCUGGAGUCCUUUUAGUCUGCAAUUUACUGUAAUCUCCAUUAGCACUUUUCAAAAACACUCUGAAAACAAGGAGCCAAAUUAAUUGCCAGUAUAAUUCCAUUGGCAUCAAUUAUCUUACAUCGGGGGUGAAUCUGACACGUGAUCUAUCAGUUACAGAAUACUGAAGUUGGGACAGAAUGAGUCAUAUGCUCUUUAUUUUUAAAAUGCCACUUAUAAGAUUUUUGUACCAAUAUCUGUACUGUAAUUGUGUCAGAAAUAAUUAGAUGAACAGUUAUGAAAAUGCAGUAAAUGUUUGCUGGUUUUCUUUUAUUAAUUCUGUCUUUGUUUUAUAAUCUGGAUCAGCAG